AAAAAAAGGUACAUAUUUUCGUAGCCGGUAGCGUCGGUUUUACUUUUGGUUCAACGCCCUAAUGUUAAAGUAUGUAAUUUGAUUCAUAGCGCUUACUGCUGUUUAGACGUGACUGAAUCGCUUAGGUGAAAGAAGAGAUUCAUUCCUAAAGCACAGCCAGCCGCCAGUCCACUCGCGUCCGAUCAGAAAUAGUCACUUCAAGGAAAGUUUUGUAUUUUCAAGUUCUCAUUAACCUGGUGAUGGCUCGCCGGGAUCCGUUAUUCGCCGUCAUGGCAACACUCCUCAGCGCCACCUUCGGCGGUCUGCUAGUGUGGCGAGCGUUCAGCACCAAAAGGAAGCGGUCGCCUUCCGUCCAGAGGGAAAGUCCGCUUCCUGUCGCCACGGAGGACGAUUGGAAGCCCCUACGUGAAGUGUUUGAGGCGGUGGAGUGUAAGAAGACCCUGGCAGUCCCUCCAGUGCGCAUCCCGUCCCCUGAGCAGCUGUUAAAGGUGACGCCUGUGACUGUGAGCUCCCAGGAGGAGUGGAAUCAGCUGUGGACGCAGAUGCAGGAGGACCUGGCAGUGGUUCCAGUGCUGGGACUCGACUGUGAAUGGGUGUCCGUAAAGGAGUGCCCCCAGGUGGUCUCCCUGCUCCAGAUGGCGUCCUAUUCCGGACGCUGCGUGCUGGUAAGGCUUCCAGCGUUCCGCGGCACACAGCUUCCACCGGACCUGGUGGAGGUCCUGCGCAACCCGCAUGUCCUGAAGGUGGGUGUCGGUUGCCUUGAUGACGGCAAGCGCCUCACGUGCGACUACGGGCUGUCGCUGACCUGCACGGUGGACCUUCGGCACCUCGCCCUUGAACAAAAAAAAAUGCCAGUAAGUAACGGACUUAGCUUGAAGUCACUGGCAGCUGAGGUGCUCAACAUUUCGCUUGACAAGUCCCUGGAACUGCGAUGUAGUGACUGGGAGGCAGAUGAGCUGACACCAGAGCAGAUGACGUACGCCGCCAGAGAUGCCCAAGUGUCCGUCGCCCUCCUUUUCCACCUGCUUGGCCUCCGCUCAGAAGCCGAUAUGGCUCCCGCCAACACUCUCUCCUACGCUGCGUUGGCCGCCCGCUGCCAGGGGAUGGUGGACGUGCCCUUCAAGGGACGUGGGGUGAAUGAGCAAAGCGGCGGUGCAGAAAAGACAAGACGGACCCGGGGGCGACUAAAGGCCGCUUCCUUCAUCUCAGAGUCUGGAGAUCAACAAAUCCCAGACCCUAGGAAGAACAACAAAAGGAAGCCCCUGGGAGCGGGCUACUCUCCAAGGAAGUCUCCUCUCUAUGACAACUGCUUCCUGCAUGCCCCUGAUGGUCAGCCACUUUGCACAUGUGAUAAGAGGAAAGCCAAAUGGUACCUGGACAAAGGAAUAGGAGUGCUUCAAAGUGAGGAUCCGUUCGUGGUGAGGCUUCUUUUCGAGCCGUCGGGACGUCCAGACUCCCAGCAGGACUACUACCUCACCUCUAAGGAGAACCUCUGUGUUGUCUGUGGGAGAGAAGACUCCUACAUCAGGAAGAACAUCGUUCCCCACGAGUACCGGCGACACUUCCCCAGCGAGAUGAAGGAUCACAACUCUCACGACAUCCUGCUCCUGUGCACUAACUGCCACGUCACCUCCAACGUGCACGACACCUUACUCAAGCAGCAACUGGCCGACGAUUUCGCCGCCCCACAAGGCUGCGAGGAAGGCGUCCGGAUCGCUGAGGACCCGGAGCGACGCCGAGCACGCUCAGCAGCCCGUGCUCUGCUCAGCGUGGGCGACAGGCUACCCGUUCGGCGGCGAGACGAGCUGGUGGCGUUUAUCAGGAGCUUCCUGGACAUGAGCCAAGAGCAAGAACUGACUGAGGACGAGCUUCGGCGAGUCGCUAACUUUGAGACACGGAUUUUGAACGAGGCAUACGUGCCUCACGGCCUGAAGGUAGUGCGUGGCUACGCCCGGCGAGGCUGGCAGGGCUUGAUGGAACUGGAGCGGCGCUGGAGGCAGCACUUCCUGUCCACUAUGCGCCCCAAGCACCUUCCGCCACUCUGGUGCGUGCAUCACAACCACCACAAGUUCUUGCGCAAGUACGGAGAAGAUGUGCCCAUCAAACUCACUUGAAUGUAGAGCUGGGAUUCUGUUUUUUGAAAAGAUGGAGAAGCCAACUUGUAUGUGUUUUAAUCUUGGCAUGCAGCAACCUGACCUAAAUUUUCUCUCAUUGCAGGUUAGUGCUAAUGAGGCUUUCUUGAAAAUGUCAUUUUUAAUCCUAUUUAUUUGAAGAUCAAAUUUUGACCCCUUCUUGCAUUGGAUCGUUGAGGAUGUUAAUGCUUGUGCCUCUCACCCAUUUCCCUCGACUAUUGCCCUAACAGUCAAUAGAUGUUGCGGUUGUUUUAGCUUUUAUUGAUCCCUUUCAAAAUUUUUAAAGCUACUUAUGACCUGCUUUCACGUCGAGGACGAGCAACUCUAAUAGUAAAUGUUAAGGUCCCUCCCUGACCUUUUGCCAUUUUUUAGUCAAUUCAUUUCCGCUCUUGAAAAUUUCAUCUUUUUGGAUCCUAUUAAAUUUAUUUGAAGAUGAAAAUUGAGGGAGCGACGUGAAUGUUCCACAUGCCCACUUCACUGUACUGAUCUUCUUUCACUCUUUAAAAUUUCACCUUUUUUGAACCCUAUGAACUUUUUUCAAGGUGAAAUUCUGACCCACCAGGUAUAAGCGUCACUCCUCUUCCCAGGUGCAGGAUGCCUUUCAAGGUCCAUGUUGUAGUGGGCCUCCUAUUCCUGACGUAUCCCAAAUGAAACUUUAAGCUCUGUUUAAGUGUCGUGGAUCUGAGAAAAAGUAUCUUUGUAAAUGUAAAUGGAAUUAUAAAUUUGUAAUAAAAUUCAAUGACAACAAG